GUGAAGUUGUCACCGCGGUCGUGGAGUGUCACCGGCGGUAGUGUGACGUCAUAUAUAAUAUAUAUUUAUAUAUCUCAGAGAUCGCGUUAACUGAAAAUUUUCCAUCUUUAAUGGAAUUUGUUUAGCAGUGACGGGAAAAAUCUGCAGCCCGUCCGUCAUUUUGACAGAUUAUGUAGUUUGUAUGUAAGCUUGUUGUAAUUCCCACCCCUGUCCAGUAGGUGGUGAGUGCGCUCCAGUGUGGCAGCAGAGCGCGAGUUCAGUCUCCAGAAUAAAAUGAAAACGAUGCGCUUGAUUACACACAGACGAGCACCCAGUUUAAGUAAAUUGUAUAAUGAUAGUUACUUAUGCAUGCUUACUUAAUUAUUUUUUUUUAUUUUUGUUGCUGACUAUAAGUUUAUGGUCAACGAAUGGCUUUUCUGAGGUAUAACGUUAGGUGACAUUGUUGGCAACACUGAUGAAUGACGUGAUACAGAUUUCGUAAACAUGACGAGUGCUACAUCCCCAGUCUUGCUAAAAUGGGACCCCAAGAGUCUUGAGAUUCGCACGCUGACUGUGGAGAGGUUGUUGGAGCCACUGGUCACACAGGUGACCACCCUGGUCAACACCAGUAACAAAGGCCCAUCCAGUAAGAAAAAGGGCCGCUCUAAGAAGGCUCAUGUGCUGGCUGUGUCCGUGGAGCAGGCGACCCAGAACUUUUUAGAAAAGGGUGAGCAGAUUGCUAAGGACAGCCAGGACCUAAAGGAGGAGCUUAUCGCAGCUGUAGAGGACGUCCGCAAGCAAGGUGAGACGAUGCGUGUGGCCUCUUCAGAGUUCGCAGAUGACCCCUGCUCCUCUGUGAAACGUGGCACUAUGGUCCGUGCCGCCCGCGCCCUCCUCUCUGCCGUCACUCGCCUCCUCAUCCUGGCUGACAUGGCUGAUGUCAUGAGGCUCCUGGCUCACCUCAAGAUAGUGGAAGAAGCUCUAGAAGCUGUCAAGAAUGCCACCAACGAGCAGGAUUUGGCCAAUCGCUUUAAGGAGUUUGGGAAAGAGAUGGUCAAACUUAACUAUGUUGCUGCUCGCAGACAGCAGGAGCUGAAGGACCCUCAGUGCAGGGAUGAAAUGGCGGCGGCUCGAGGGGCUCUUAAGAAGAAUGCCACCAUGCUCUACACUGCCUCUCAGGCCUUCCUGCGCCACCCCGAUGUGGCUGCUACACGUGCCAACCGUGACUACGUCUUCAAACAGGUCCAAGAGGCCAUCGGAGGUAUCUCCAGUGCUGCCCAGGCCACCUCACCCACCGACGAGAAGCACGGUCACGCUGGCAUUGGCGAGCUGGCUGCCGCUCUCAAUGAGUUUGAUAAUAAGAUCAUUCUGGACCCACUAACAUUUAGUGAGGCUCGCUUCAGGCCGUCACUGGAGGAACGUCUGGAGAGCAUCAUUAGUGGCGCCGCCCUCAUGGCCGACUCCUCCUGCACACGCGACGAUCGGCGUGAACGCAUCGUAGCAGAGUGCAACGCUGUGCGCCAGGCCCUGCAAGACCUUCUGAGCGAGUACAUGAACAAUACCGGAAGAAAAGAAAAAGGAGACCCGCUGAAUUCAGCUAUUGACAAGAUGACCAAGAAGACCCGUGAUCUUCGCAGACAGCUAAGGAAGGCUGUUAUGGACCACAUAUCUGACUCUUUCCUGGAGACCAACGUGCCUCUGCUGGUGCUGAUAGAGGCGGCCAAGAGCGGUAAUGAGAAAGAGGUUAAGGAGUAUGCGCAGGUCUUCCGUGAACAUGCCAACAAGCUGGUGGAGGUGAGUAACAUAUAACACCCCCUCACUCAACUCCCUCAUCUCAUUCAGCCAGAGCGGAUGAUUCUUAUCUGGGGCACCGCAGGCCACUAUCAGUCAGAGCACGAGGUGGCCUUUAGGAAGUCAUCUGCCAAGCCAAGGCAAUUUAAUGCCGGAAUAUGGUGCAGUGGAGCUCAAUUCUGUAAUGACAAAUUUGUGUUUGAUAACAUGGAUUCGGAUCACAGAGUGGGAAUGACACCAGGGAAUGGCUUUAACAUUUUUUUUUUUCCUCUUUAAUAUCUCUCGUGACUCGACUUCAAAUAUGCGGUUCAUUCCCAUUAUCGAAAAGCAAUAUGGUGACUGAGGUAAAAUGGCUGAAUGGGAAAGAGACGCUUAUCUGAAGGGUGGUGUUAAAGGUUGAUAUGUCAAAAAUGCAAAAGGGCAUAUAACGUAUACUGAACAGAACUUUUCGAAAGUAUUAGAGGAUCACCGUAAAACUGAUAAAUCCUGACAUGUUCUCACACUCACUUUUGCACACACUAGUUUUGAAUUUCACAUACUAGCUAGUGUGGGUGCACACAU